GGCUGGCCAGUCUAUAUUUUCUCGUUCGUGUGGAGUCAGCGCGCUGCUAACGACUUGGCGUAACAUUUAACGUUUUUGGAUAUACCUGUGCCUUACACUUCGCGAAUCCGUGGGAUAGUAACCAUCUGCCCUUACAGGAAUAUUCGAACGGUCACUAUGCAGUGUUUAGAAAAACUUUUUUAAACGGAUCAGUGUUUCGCGCGGUUUCUGCAGUGCGAUACUUUUCGAACGAAUGUAUUCAAUCAAAAGUGCCUCCAGUGUUUCGAUAUCCUAUGGCGCGGAGUUGCUCUUAUAGGUAACAGCUCCUGGCAGCUCACCUAGUUCGUUUUGUUGGAGAAAAGUUGUAAAAUACCUUGUCAUCAUGUAUUCUCGGAUAUUCCUUUCCUUCCUGUGGCUCAUCUUCGCCUUUCACCAGGCAAACUCAUCUGGAGUGUUCGAAUUGAGGCUGAUAUCGUUUGACAACGAAGGAGGAAAGACUGAUCUCGGCAAGUGUUGUUCUGGUCCUAUGAGUGCCGACAGCGAGUGUGAGGGCAUCUGUAGGCCAAGAUUCAGAGUGUGCUUGAAAGAGUACCAAGUGAAGAUUGACACUACCUCACCCUGUACCUUUGGAGAUGUCAUCACGUCCGUAUUAGGACCAAAUCCAGCUACUGACACCCCACAAAACGGAUUCGACAACUCCAUCGCUUUCCCGUUUCCAUUUACUUGGCCGAGGACAUUCUCGCUGAUAGUGGAAGCAUGGCAUGGAAACAGAUCGUCGCAUUCAGCUGGUAUGUCAAAAAAAGUGCUAGUGAGUCGACUGAUGACGCAGCGAUAUCUGGAUGUAGGAGAAAACUGGACCAAGGAUUCCCAUAGUUCAAAGUAUUCCACUUUGAGGUUCGAAUACAGAGUGACCUGUGACUCUAACUACUACGGACAAGGCUGUGAAAACCUUUGCCGACCCAGGGAUGACUCAUUUGGGCAUUAUAGUUGCUCUCCGUCUGGAGAACGUGUCUGUCUAGCUGGAUGGACUGGCGAUUACUGCAGCAAACCUCAAUGUCUACCAGGCUGUGACGAAAAACAUGGACAUUGUACAAAGCCCAACGAGUGCAAAUGCCAAUCUGGAUGGGAAGGACCUCUCUGCAACCAAUGUCAGCGCUACCCGGGCUGCAUGCAUGGCACCUGCGUGGAACCCUGGGGUUGCCUUUGCAAAGAAGGCUGGGGAGGUCUAUUUUGUAACCAAGACCUGAAUUUCUGCACCAAUCACAAACCGUGCAGAAACGGGGGAACUUGCUUCAACACCGGCCAAGGCAGCUACACUUGCAGUUGUGCUCCAGGCUUCAAUGGUACUGACUGUGAAGCACCUACAGACAACUGCCUGACCACUCCUUGUCUAAAUGGAGGUACUUGCUCUUCGGAUGGCCCCUACAAUGUAUGCGUAUGCCCAUUUGGCUUCUCAGGAGCCAGGUGCGAAGUAGCUUACAAAACCUGUGCAAACUCGCCUUGUAACAAUGGAGCUACUUGUACGAACACUGAAGCUGGAUAUCGUUGCACCUGUAAGCCUGGAUACACCGGUGUUGAUUGUGAGACACAGUUAAGCGCCUGUUUACCGUCACCUUGCAAGAACAAUGCUAGCUGCGUAGAGUCUUCCACUAACGGAGGGUUCAGAUGCAUUUGCCCCAUUGGAUUUUCUGGCUCUAGAUGUGAGAAGAAUAUCGACGAUUGUCAAGGAAACCCUUGUCUUAAUGGAGGAACUUGCGUAGAUAGAGUGAACGAGUUCCGUUGUCACUGUGUACCGGGCUACGUUGGACCGUUGUGCCAGAAUCGUGUGGACUACUGCAUCACCAAACCGUGUGCCAAUGGAGGCACCUGCACACAGCUCAUCAACGACUAUAGUUGCAAAUGCGCGCCUGGUUUCGUGGGCAAAGACUGUAGUGUCGAAGUGAAUGAGUGCGUGGUAAAUCCUUGUCGCCAUGGAGGUACUUGCGUGAACAGGAUCCAUGGAUACGAGUGCUUGUGCCCAGCGGGUUUCUCGGGUCAUGAAUGCGAGGAGAUGUCAUCCAGUGCUGCACCAAGUGCCCGGGUUUCUUCUUCGGAGUCAAGCUUUACCGCGGAACAUGUUGUGGUGAUAGCUACUAUUUCCACGUUCGUACCUUUGGUGGUUUUGGUAGCCGUUGGGGUGAUAGUAUGUUUGAAACAACGCAGGAAACGCGAAAAAGCUAGAGCCGACGAGGAAGCUAGACUGCAAAAUGAACAAAAUACCGCAAAUAGUAGCUUUGUGAAAAGAGGUGCUGUGAUGUCCACUGACCCACACAUGAUCAAAAACUCUUGGGGCAAGUGUACGAACAAUGUCCUCGGGUCAACUUUAGCCACACCGGACGAUUGUAGUGUGUCCAAUAUAAGCAUAUGCGACGGAGGUGGUCUCAGUGAAGACCAUCUAGUACGUCCAGGACCUCAUCAGGUGAUAGAUGGCCGAGCAGUGUAUACGCUCCAGAGGAGUCGCUCCCAGAAACAGUUGAACACCGAGGCAACAAGUAGAGCAAGUGCUUUGCUCACUGCCAAACUUCACGAAGCUGAUUAUGAGACCGUCAAACGUCUGUCAGUCAUGUCAAGUGCAUCUUCAGCUAUGUGCGGCCCUAGUAUUCUGGUUGUUGCAGCGAUGCCUCGAUACUAAAGAGGCCGUUGGAGUCCAAAGAGCCAAAUAGCAAUGAUGUGUAUGUGAUAGAAGAACACUUUCAUACCCCAGACGUGAUUUCGUUUGCAACAGAAGUGUAAUAGUUUGUAGAAUAUGACCGACUGACUGAUAUAUUUGAGGGUGUGCGUGAUACGCGACGGUCACAUCGUUUGCAAUAACUAGGGAGGCAGAGGGUACAUUCUACAGUUUAUUUAUUAUACAUAUUUCCCCAUCCCCUAGAACCUACCCUACUUGCCAGCGGCGUGGACUGUCUCUGAAUGAGUAUUUAAAUUUUUAAGAGGAGUGUUUCAUAUGGCUGCAAGGAAAGGGUUGGUUCCCUACAGAAACAGUAUUAUUUUCAGGAGGUAGUGCGAAAUGAAAAACUUGUUCCUCAUUACCUCUUUUUCUUUCUAUUUUCACGUAUCAUAAUUUUCGACAAUAGAACGACCCCCAAAACAUUCCUAUAAAAAUAUGCAUGUUUUACAUUAAACUCUAUUGUAAUAAUUUUCACAUACAUACAUAUGUAUGGAACUAUGCUAUGAAUUUUAUUGCAAAAUAAUUAAAUUUGCAAAGUGCAGCAUUAUUAGCAUAUUUAAAAUAUUCUUUCCAUGUAUGUAUAUUAUCUCACAAUGAGUGAAGGAACUUUUAAUUUUCUGUUUUGCUUUUUUGUAUGUCACAAUAUGUCAUACAUAAAAUUCUGUUUGUUUUGCAUUAUACAUUUCCAAUUACGUUUUCUAUAAUAAUUUAUAGAUAUAAGCUAUUUAUAUAUACAGGCACAGGUAUCAGAAUAUGAUAAAUGGCUAUCCACAGAUUUUUGAGAUUGAAAUACAAAAUCAUGGAACUUCUUGCAAAAUGCAAAAAAUGGCCCGACUGAGGUAUCUAAAAUAAUCUCAAAGGUACACAGUUUUUACCCAAAUGUGAAAUUGAUAGCCAUAUGUAACAUAACCUCAUCUUGGAGUUUGUGCCUCUAUGUAAAAUCCCAGUAUAAUUGAGAAUCAAUUUUUAUACGGUAUUCGUAUACGCGAACUGUGACCAGAUCCGUUGUCUGUCCUGGCUGUAUUUUUAUAGUGUACAUAUUUUUUUCUUUUUCUUUGUGAAGUGCUCAGAUUGCCCCAUAAGUCUUGCAACUUGGUUUUAAAAAUGCAUGGAAUAACUAUAUGCUUUUAUAGAAUUAAAAGCCUAAAAAAGCAUAUACAAGUCUUUGUAAAAUUCUUUCUUCAUGUUAUCAGUCAAUACGACUUUGUAUAUUUGUCGUAUUGGCUGAUCACAUACGUUUUUCACUCUUACAUAGUGUAUUAUGGUAAAAUUGAGAAAGUAGUAUUCAUCCUCAGCCUUGGUUUGAUUUGGGUUACAUUAUUCCAACUUUUUUCGUUGGAAAGCCCAUUUUCUAAACUAAAUGAAGCUCAAAUUUCCAUGAUACCUUCAGUUUGGACUUAAAUCUUUCAAAACUUAUGGAGAAAUCUUGCGUAUAAGGUUUAAACAUUUACUUUCAUUUCAUGAAGAAAUGUAUAUAUGUAUAAAUACAACUACGUAACGUAACAGUUACUGGGAAGAAUUCAGUCUUUGACGUCACUGUCAUUUUUUCCAGUGACUGUAUCAUAACAUUCAUUACGUAACUUUCUCUUCUGAUCCUAGCUCUACGAAAAAAAAAAAAACAAAAAUUUAUUUGGCUUUUAUUUCUAUAAAUACUGUCUAAUAUAUUUUUACUCUGUGUACUUUUUACUAUUUAUACAUUUUUUCAACAUCGUUCAAUGUCUCGCCUUUUACCAACCACCAUAUUUAUUGAUUUUAGCCUCAGUUAUGUAAAUAAUUUUUUACACAUAAGCGUAUACGUGAUAUACGACUAGUGUGAUAUUUUUUAAAUAGUGAAAUAUCAUUAUUUGUGAUUUUCUUUGAAUUACAGUGAUAAUACAUAUAGAUUUACUUUACCAUAUUUUUUUAAUUAUUUAUUGUAGAUGUAAGAUUUUUUUAUAUAUAAUCGUACCUAUCUCUUUUUUCGUUUCUUUCAAAAGUCUUUUCCAAAAUCUUAUUAUGAAGUCUUACAUUGGGCAACCUAAAAACCAUAACAUGUUGUGAGAUAUUUUUGUACGCAAACUUUUUUUACAACAAAAUAGCUGUGGGAUUUUUAGAGAAAGUUACCUGUUAUAUGCUUAAACUAGACAUGAAGUGGAUGUUUGAAUAAUGCACGUUUUCUUGUACUAUAUUGCGCGGUCUUUUCCUUUGAUAAAGUUGCCAGCGGCGGGAAAGUCUGGUUAGAAACCAAAGACUUACACGUAGUUUAGUAUCAGCUCUUGAUUGUACUGGGGUUUUCGGUAGCUACACUAUUGACGAUUUUUAUAUCGUAAUUUUGUGAUGAUUUAAAACGAACUAAGUCACUACUGUACUUAAAAAGGGUUUCUUGGUACGUAAGAUUUAGGACGCCCUUGCCAUCGGAUUUAUUUAUUUAUUUUUUGUUUUAUUUUACAAGGCCAGUUUAAAAUCUCACAGUGAUGGCAAUUUUGUAAUCUCAGUAUUGCAGAGUGAACGUUUUUGUUACCCCACUAGGGCUGGCUCAGAAACUACAAACAUGUGGAACACGCAAUUUCUUUUUGUGGCUACGUAUUUCAUUGAAUUUUGCUCAGUUUUGCAGGUUUUGAAGACAUCAGUAACACUACUGAAUACUUCAAUAUUCAACAAAAUUUGGAGUAAAAUUUUUGGACAUUUAGUUUCUGUCUAGAAAUAUAGCCAUAAAAAGGAAAUUCUAAUAUUGCAUUUUACGUAUUAGUGUUUUUGAGCCAAAUUACGAAAAAGUUGUUACCCUGUAUACCCCUCACUUACUAUAUUUAAACAAUGUUCCUGUAUUUAUUAUAAUGUUCUAACAAUCAUUUCUACAGAAUUAUCGUUGUACUUUAGUUCUUUAGACAUGAUAGGCUGUUAUAAAUAUUGGGCGGACAACUUAAAGACUUAAACUCGAUAAAGACGUUUUGUAAUAUAUUAUGUAUAUUUGGUAGUAUGUAACUAUUAGAACUGUUCAUGUUUCUUAAUAAAUACUUCUUAGAGAAGCGGCUGUAUUGUUCCUCACGUG